CCCAUCCACCUCCAACCACCCAUCCAUCGCUUCUACAGUUCACGUCUGCUAAAUGCUAAUCCUCCCCCUCCCAUAAAUAGCCUCGUCACCUUCAGGUUCUCCGAUUUUAAUUUGAGAGUAGGGAUCGGGAUAGUGCGGGAGGAGCAGUGAGGAAUCGAUGGAAGGCGGCCGCGAGAUGAAGCACCUGGUGAAGGUGGAGGAGGGGCGGGAGGCGGUCGAUGGCCGUCCCUCCGUCGGACCCGCCUACCGCAGUGCCUUCGCCAAGGAGGGCUUCCCCCCGCCCGUCCCCGGCAUCCACUGCUGCUGGGACAUCUUCCGCUUGUCUGCUGAGAAAUUUCCCGGGAACAACAUGCUUGGCCGUCGCGAGGUCGUGAAUGGGAAGGCGGGUAAGUAUGUCUGGAUGACUUAUAAAGAGGUGUAUGACACUGUCAUCAAACUCGGGGCUUCCAUCAGGAGCUGUGGGAUCGAGCAGGGUGGUCGUUGUGGUAUAUACGGUGCUAAUUCUUCUGAGUGGGUUAUUAGUAUGGAGGCUUGCAAUGCUCAUGGAAUUUACUGUGUUCCUUUGUACGACACACUUGGUGCUGGUGCAGUAGAAUUUAUUUUAUGCCAUGCAGAGGUUCAGAUUGCUUUUGUAGAAGAAAAGAAGAUAGCAGAGGUGCUGAAAACUCUUCAUAAUUCCUCCAAAUUUUUGAAAACAAUUGUUAGCUUUGGUAAGGUCACCCCUAAAGAAAAAGAAGAAGUUGAAAACUCUGGCUUGGCAAUAUUUGAAUGGGAUGAGUUCUUGUGCUUGGGAUGCGAUACACAAUUUGAUCUUCCUGUAAAGAAGAUGGAUGAUAUAUGCACAAUUAUGUAUACCAGUGGCACAUACUGUUCACAGAAAGGCUCCUCAAUCCAUCUCGAGCUUUUUCAUUACACCUCUCUCUCCAAUCUUCAAUCAAAUUUGCAUUCUCCAGCUUUAAAAUGGAUGCACAAACAAUCAAGGACUUUUGACUAUUUCAGGGAGUUUGUAACUGAAAAACUACACAGUGAACCCUUCUUGGUGGAGAGUACAACACUGCCCAUUGAAUUGUUUGCCUUUGUGUGUGUGUGUGUGUGUGUUUUAGUUUUUAGUUAUCCCAUUUUUUAUGGUAUUGUUUUUUCUUUAUUGGUUAUGCAUUUACAUCUGGAGUGUUGCAGCAAACUUUACAACAUGAUGCAAGGAAGGAGGCAUGACAAGGCAGCUACAAUUUGCGAUAGAUUGGUAUUUGACAAGGUAAAACAAGGGCUUGGGGGAAAUGUAAGACUCAUCCUAUCUGGAGCUGCUCCUCUAGCGACCCACAUAGAACAAUUUCUAAGAGUAGUGACAUGUGCACACGUUGUGCAAGGAUAUGGUCUUACAGAAACAUGUGCUGGGACAUUUGUGUCAUUACCUAAUGAUUUUUCGAUGGUUGGAACUGUGGGGCCACCUGUACCAAAUGUCGAUGUGCGGUUGGAGUCAGUUCCUGAGAUGAACUAUGAUGCUCUUUCAAAGGUUCCUCGUGGAGAAAUAUGCAUCAAAGGAGAUACAUUGUUUGCAGGAUACUACAAAAGAGAAGAUCUCACAGAAGAGGUUAUGAUUGAUGGAUGGUUUCACACAGGUGACAUUGGCGAAUGGCAGCCUGAUGGAAGUAUGAAGAUCAUAGACAGAAAAAAAAAUAUUUUUAAACUUUCACAGGGAGAAUAUGUUGCUGUUGAAAAUUUGGAGAACAUAUAUGGCCUUGUAUCGGAUAUUGAUUCGAUAUGGAUCUACGGAAAUAGUUUUGAGUCGGUCCUCGUUGCUAUAGUCAACCCCAAUAUGCAAGCUCUUGAACAAUGGGCUCUAGCGAAUGGUAUUAGUGGGGAUUUUACCAUGCUCUGUCAAAAUCAGAAGGCAAAAGAAUACAUUUUGGGUGAGUUAAUGAAGAUUGGUAAAGGAAAGAAUUUGAAAGGCUUUGAGUUUAUUAAAGCUGUUCACCUUGAUCCAAUACCGUUCGAUAUGGAACGCGACCUACUUACCCCAACAUACAAAAAGAAGAGGCCACAACUACUAAAGUAUUAUAAGAGUGUCAUUGAUGACCUAUACAAAAGCUUGAAGUGAACAUAUAUAGUGACUAAUAUGCUUAACAGUUCAUGGCAUUAGCGCAACAAAUCAUAGGCUUAUCGGAAAGAGAUUAUAUCGUUCAACUGGAACUUAACAGCUUUGUUGCUUCUGUUUCACCGGUUGAUUUUGGUAACAUGUUCUUGGAGUUAUCAGAAUUGUGUCGAUUUCCCAAAGAAAUUGAAAACAUUCGCAAAGAAGCAGCUGCGCUUAGAUUGAUGUAUUCUAGAUGUGUAUCCAUCUCCUUUGCAUGCAAGUUGAACAUUGUUAUCCUUAUAGUUACUGCCUUUGUGUCUUUCAA